UUAUAAAUGAGAUGGUCUGUUCGUUCCCCGCGUCUCUUCCUCUCCUCUCUCUGCUGAUGCAUUCCGGCCUCGUGUUGUUGGCGAACUCGUUCCUGGGGGCAACGAGCGAGGAGGACAAUCUUGUCUAUCUCUGAAUUUCUGUUUCGGUCUCUUUCACAAUGGAUUCAACUUUGGCAUCUCAAUCUCCUGAUAGUUCGGAUGCUAAACCAUCAUUUCGGAAGCCAGCCAGUGAUGCAGUGAAUCGGAGAUAUAGGCGGCACUCACCUGCCUCUGGAUCUGCGUCACCUUCCUCAAGCGGAAGUCCAACUCGAGGGCAUCGUCAGAGUCCAAUUUACUCCAGGGACGUAAAGGAUGCAGAUGAUAGGCGGAAAAGGAAGGAUGAUGGAAUUUUUGACAAGGGUUAUGGUCAUAAUCACUCAAGCAAACUGAGCAGUUCUUACAGGUCUUCGGGAAGAAACUCAUAUGAGAGUUCACAUGUUGACCGCAGGUAUGAUGUAUAUGGAAGAUCUCAUAGGCGGGCUGACGAAGAUAGGGACUAUGGGAGGUCAUCUUCUCGGUAUGGAAAGGAUUCAAAAGGUAGUAGUCGUGGUGAUUAUGCAAGAUAUGAUGGUGAUCACGAUCGGUCUAAGGAUGACAGAUAUUGGGCAGACAGAUUCUCUCGAGAUAAAAAUGCUGAUGAUGGAGCACUAUCAAGUAGAAAUAGUGACCGAGAGCACCGAAGGGAUGAGGAUUACUCCAGAAGCAAGCAGAGGAGCAUGCUGGACAAGGACAGAUCAGGGGAUAGGGAUAGACAUAGAGAUAGGAAUGGAAGAGAGGAGGAUAGAACUGAUAACAGAAGGAGCUCAAGAGAUGACAGGAAUGACCAUUCUUCAAGCCAUGAGAUACAUAGGGAGCAUAAAAGAAGCUCAAAUGCUCUUAGAGAUGGCAAUGAAGAUCAUUUAAAAGAAGCUGGUUAUGGAAGCAGGAUGGAAUUGGAUGGACAAAAGGAAGAAAGGGUGUCAAGGAGGAAGAUGGAUGAUGUAAAGGAACAUUUUAGCAGGGAGGAACACUUGCAAGAUGCAUCCAAAACUUCUAGGUACAGAGACCGUGAAGAGAAGACUGGCAAAAGUCAUGAGAAAGAUAUUGACACGGAUGUGCACAAUUCAUUUGACAAGAAGGUUAAACUAUCCCAAUCAGAAAAGGCUAUUGGAGAUGCUGCAAAUGAUCUGGAAUCCUCAAGGUCAUCGACACAUGGAACUGAAGAGAAGUCCUCAUCUAGUUCAAAGCAGUUGGAAAACCCACCUUCCAAAGGGAUUCUAGAGCCUCCCAGUUCUUCUGCAAGCAUUGCUGAGGCUACAAAUGAUCUAAAUGCUGCAAAAGUUGCAGCAAUGAAAGCUGCUGAAUUAGUGAACAAAAAUCUCGUAGGGGUUGGUUACUUGUCUACAGAACAGAAGAAAAAAUUAUUAUGGGGGAAUAAGAAGAAUGCUACGGUGGAAGAGUCUGGCAACCGCUGGGACAUGGCUUUGUUUUCUGAUAAGGAACGCCAAGAGAAAUUCAACAAACUCAUGAGCCUGAGUUUGCCUUGGUACAUCUGGCCAAUUGUAGGGUGUGAAGGGCGACCCAAAGCUGGACCAUGCAGGGGAAGACAAAGAUGGUGCGGACAGUGCUCUUCGUGCAGAGAAGCAGAAAGAACUCCAACUCGAUCUAGAGAAGCAAUACACUGCAGGCCUGAGGCGGAGGGAUGGCAGAACUGUUGGCCUCGGUCUGUAACACCUUAUCCUUUUCAUACUGUUAGAGAUACUUGGCAUAACCGAGUCUGUAUCUUUAAAUUCUGGCCUCGGGUCCUGUUUGUUGUCUCUGCACUUUGGAAGUUGGUUUAUAUCAAAGUCGAUGAUGAGCUUUGGUCUCCUUCGCCUUUCUCGACUACUCAUGUGGGCAAUGGCUUCAUGUUUCUUUCUCCCUGUAGCACGACCAAAAGAAAUCAGGGUACUGGUCGUAACAGCAAAGCUAGUGGUUCUGUGCGCUGGACCGAAGCUUAAGGCCUUGUGGCUACUAACGGCUGAUGGCAGUGUCAGGCAGCCUGACAGUUUGAAGGGCUCUACAAAACCGAACACAUGGGAUUGAGAGGGCUGGAUUCAGGACGGCUCCGAGGAGCUUAGGUCGAAGCAAAGGUUUGAUCUCUGCGAGCUGGGGAGCUGCAGGGGGCUGGGUUUGUGUUCUUCAAGACGCACACAAGAUCCUAGCCAACGCUGCUUUUGGUUUUGGCUGUAGAUAAAAUUAUGAAAGAAGAAGGGAAUUAAGAAGCA